UUUAUUUUCCUUUUCACAUUUUUGUUGUGUUUAAAGUUAUCCCUGUGGUAACUUUUAAGAAAACAAUCAAAGAAACUCAAAUAAAGCAUUUCUUCGCCGCGGUUACCCUGUGUUUCUAUGAGCCCGGAGGGAGGCCGGAGAACUGGCACUUCAAUGUUUCCAAAAUGGCGGCGAAUGUUAUCUAGUAAGUGUCUUUAGAGUACAAUUUUGGCCAAAAAUCCUACUGGAGGAAAUAUGGAAGUUGUCAAUGGCAAAGCAGCCAUGCUUAGUAACUAUGAGGUGUAUAAAUUGUUGCAAGAGACAGAGGAGGACUGUAAGAAGCCAGAGUUCAAACAUGUGAAGAAACAUCAAGUCAAUUUGGCUACAAUAUCAUAUGAGGCUCGUAAAUACCUGGAGAAGACACCAUGCAAGCACCAGAGUCCAGAAGUUAUCGAAGAAUUCCUUCGUGCUCUUGCUCCCUUUAAUUUGACUAAAGCCGAGAAACUUCAGCUUUUGAAUUUGAGACCAGAAACACCUGUAGAAAUACAACUGAUUAUAGAAGAAAGCGAGGAGCGAUUAAAGACAGACUCUGAUUUUCAACAACUUUUGGAUAUCAUAACUGAAAAGCUACUGCCAGACAGGACUGACAAGCACAUGGGAGAUGAUGUGGAUGAUGCAAAUGAUGACGAUAAUAACGAAGAAGUAGAAAAUAUGGACCAUGAAUAAUACAUGUAUUAACUCUCGAUUUGUACAUAUUUUACAUUAAUAGUGGUUUUCAUAAACCUGUGAAACAAUGUGUAAUAGUCAAAGUCUUGUAGUAAGUUAUCACAAAAGAGAACAAAGAGUUUUAUUAUACAGGGUAUUAUGAAAAUCUUCAGUUUUUCUAUUGGUAUUUUAGGGGGUACCUCUGUCAAAUGUGGAAAGUAUGUUUUAAAAUGUGAUUAAAAGCCAUUUCAAUAAAAUUAAAAUUACAUUUUUUCAA